AUGUCUUCCACCACAACACUCACCGCAACCAAAACACCACCACCAUCGAGGCCACAACUAUUAGGCACUCUCUCUACUACCAGUGCAUCGACAUAUCCUACCACAACUAUUUCCACUUCAUUCAUCAAGCCCAAGAAGAUGUCCAUCACACAAACAUACUACCUUGCCCACAAGGCAAGGGCAAAGCUUUCUUCGGAAGCUGCCCGCCCCGAUCACAACCUCCGCCUCUUGGUCGGACACGCCAACCUCCUCGACUCGUUGAUGGUCGAGCUCGCCGAUGCCGAGAGGGAACAAGAAUCCUGGUUCAACCAAUCCGUCCGCGGUGCCUCUAGCAACCGCAGCGAAGAGCGUCACAUCCAAUGGGCCGACACAGUGGUCGAGGAGCCCGAGCACGACUGGCAAGCCGAGGACGCCGAAUACAGCGACUCGGAUUCCGAUUCGGACAGCGACCUGAGCGAGGACGACGAGGAGGACCGUGACGAGGACGAGGACAUCGAGAUGGCCGAUGCUGUCCCCCUCAGGAGGAUACCCUCGCACAGCAGUGGCAGCCUUCACCGGUACUCCAUGCAAGCGCCGCUGCACCAAUACUACAACUACAGCGACGACGAGGACAUGGAGGAGGACGACGAGGAAGAAGACUACACCCAUCUCGCCCUGCAGAGGAGCCCUUCGCACUCUACAUCGCCACCAGAGCUCGACCUCGACUCGGACUCUUCAGAAGACGAGCACAUGCCACCCUCGCCGCCCACCACCAUCCUAUCCACAUUCACAUCGACGUCGUCCGAGAAGCAGACAGAGCAAACAGACGACGAGGAAGAUCAACAAGAACAAGACAAGGACGCCUUUUACGCCCACAACCAAGGCUACUACCUACCAAGUCGUGGUCCCACACUGGUGUCGACGAUAGGAGUGUACUAA